UCACAAGACUCCAAACGAGCACAAAGCUCACCUCUCUCUCUCUCUCCCUCUCCCUCUCUCUAUAGAAGCAUCGAUUGCCCCCAAUCUCACCCAACGGCACCGUCGUCUCUCUCGCCGGAGAGAAAGACUCGUCUCUCCAGCAUCUGAUCUUCGUUGCAGCAUUGCUUAGAUCUUCUUCACAAUGUGGAAUCAUCGACAGACCCACACCGGGGCUUUGAAUUUGAGCUCCACUGGCUUUUCUUGAUUCUUUCUCUUUUUGCAGGGUUUUUGGGCCAUGGAAGGCAAUGUGAGGUGAAAAAUUGAGAAUCCUCGGAAUCUGUUUCUGGAUGCGUGUAGUGUGUAUAUAAUGUGUGAUGAUGUUGGCUGCUGUUUCUGGUGCUGCUUCGCAAGGUGAGUCCACCGCUCAGCUGUAUAAUCCGACGGCAAGGCCGCCUUUGUUGCCUUCCGAGAGAGACAAUGGCGUUUCUGUGGUCCCCAAAAGGCCCAAAUCGAGGGCGGUUCCUUCCAGAUACAUGUCGCCUUCUCCUUCCGCUUCCAAUUCCGCUGCUGCGCAAUCUGUUUCUUCGAAUUCUACUAGGUCGGCUUCGCCUCUAGUUUCCAGAAAUUCGACUCCGACGCCGGCGAAGCGGUCGGUGUCGGUGGACCGGAGGCGGCCGGGGGCUUCGCGGCCGCUGCUGGCGGAUCUUGAAGCGAAGGCGGGGAAUGGCGGUGAAGUGUCGGCCGCCACGAGGUUACUGGUCACUUCUAGUCGGAGCUUGUCGGUCUCGUUUCAGGGAGAGGCGUUUUCGCUGCCGAUUAGUAAGACUAAGGCGGCGCCUCAGACGCCUAAUUUGAUCGGUGGGAGGAAGGGCACGCCGGAAAGGAGGAGGACUAGUACUCCUUCGAGAGGAAAGGUUGAUGGCGGUGGGAAUCAGGCGGAAAAUGCUAAGCCAAUUGAUCAGCAUCGGUGGCCAGCAAGGGCGCGGCAAUCGACUCCUUUGUCGAGGAGUUUGGAUUGUAGUGAGGAUAAGAAGAAGAAGCUCAUUGGAUCUGGGAAUGUUGUUAGGGCAUUGCAGCAAUCUAUGAUUGAUGAGGGUAGGAGGGCAUCUUUUGAUGGUAGAUUAAGUCUUGAUAUGGGCAAUGCUGAUGUGUUGAAAGCAAUUCAGCGAGGUUCAAAUGGAAACUCGGUGAACAACGAUUCAUAUGUGCCAUCUGAUGUCACUGCAUCUGACACUGAUAGCGUAUCUUCUGGUAGUACUUCAGGAGUCCAGGAAUGCGGUGGGACUGUCAGGGGCCAGAGUGGUCCUCGAGGAAUUGCUGUUUCAGCAAGGUUUUGGCAAGAGACCAACAGUAGGUUGAGGAGAUUGCAGGAUCCAGGUUCGCCCUUGUCGACCAGUCCUGCAAAAUUGGUAGGUCCACCGAAGUUUAUUCAAACAAAAAAGUUGCCAACUGAUGGCCCAUUGUCAUCUCCACGCACGAUGUCUUCUCCUGUUAGGGGGGGAAUGAGGCCUGCAUCACCAAGUAAACUUAUGCCAUCCAUGGGAUCAUCGCCCUCAAGGGGAAUGCUUAGCCCAUCUCGGGUCAGAAAUUCAGUUUCUGGAACCGUUAGCAGUAAUUUUGGUGAGACCUCAUCAGUUCUCAGUUUUGCUGUUGAUGUUCGGAGGGGUAAAGUCGGGGAGAAUCGCAUUGUUGAUGCACACUUGUUAAGACUUUUGUAUAAUCGGCACUUGCAAUGGCGGUUUGUAAAUGCUAGGUCGGAAGCUGCUCUGUUGGUGCAGAAACAUAAUGCGGAGAAAAAUCUCUGGAAUGCGUGGAUAACAAUCUCAGAUCUACGGGACUCAGUCACCAAAAAAAGACACCGUUUGCAGUUGUUGAGGCAAAAGUUGAAGCUAGUUGCAAUUCUCAAGGGACAAAUAACUUUUUUGGAAGAUUGGGCUUCUUUAGAUAAAGAAUACUCUGUUUCUUUGCUUGGAGCAACUGAAGCUUUGAAAGCUAGCACUCUUCGCCUUCCAGUUGUUGGAGGAGCAAUUGUUGAUGUGCAAAAUGUCAAAGAUGCUAUCGGUUCAGCAGUUGAUGUGAUGCAUACGAUGGUGUCAUCAAUAUGCUCGCUGUUGUCCAAGGUGGAGGAAGUGAAUUCUUUGCUGGCUGAACUCACAAGAGUGAGCGCGAAAGAGCUGGCUGGGCUCGACCAGUGCAAAGACUUAUUUUCCAUGUUAGCAGCCAUGCAGGUUAAGGACUGUAGCUUGAGAACGCAUAUACUACAACUUAAUCGCUUACCAGCAGCCUGACAACACGCCCGUAGAACUGAUCAGAUCGUAAUUGACCAUCUACUACUCCAAGAAGCUAACAUUAUACCAACCGAAACCUUUCAACCUAGCCGGGGCGACACGAGGUAAUAAGCUUACUAGUUUUAACAUCUGCUGCUCAUUUGAAGUAUCUGAAAGCUGUUUUUAGGUCUCUCUCCUCCCUAGUAUAUUUCAUGCAUAUCUUUGUAUCCAAAAAGAUCAUAGAAAGUUCUAUUGUCCUGCAAAUGAGGCCCCCUUAUACAAGUCUCCUCUUCUUUCUUCCUGGUAGUGGUAGAGGAAGCUUUCCCAUCUGUAUAUAUGUUAUGAAAUACUCGGAUCAUUGUUAUUUAGCCAUUUCUUUGAAA